GAAGAUGUGAGAGACUAUGAAGAAAUGUCAGUGAUUUACCAUCAUGAAGGCUUCUUCUGGAGAUGCUGGUUUUUUGGAGAUGAUCCACAAACUUCAGUUUGGAGAUACUGGUUUAUGAACCAGCCUCAUCCUAAGCGCUGUAUUCCUGGAUAUCUCUUUCCAAUGCAAAUUGCUGUUGGGCCUUUUUCACAUCCAUCCUUUGAUGCAACUGCUGUGUACAGAGGCUUUUGGACAAUCUUCAUUAUUUUAGGUGCUGCUUCUAGUCUCUCAGGGGGAUUUCUGCUGGUGUAUGGGGUGCCCUUUGCCAGUGCUGGAUGUUAUAAAGUUGGAGGUGGCUUCCUGAUGAUCUCAGGGGCCCUGUUCAGCCUGAUCCUCAGCCUAUUCGUACUUUGGAAGGAAUAUGCUGUUGAUUUUCCAAAAUAUAUAUCUAUAGAAAGGAGCAAUAGGUGUGUUCCAGAAAAUGUCCUUAUUGAUGUCAAGUAUGGAUGGUCUUUCAUGUUUGCUGCUUUUGGAACUCCCUUUGUUUGUAUGUCAGGAAUUAUGUUUCAUUUCAUUGGCCGACAGCUUGAGGAGUUUCAGAAAUGAACAAGACAAAAUGAAGAGACCACAGUGAAAUCUGGUCAGUUCCUUCAAGAUACUUCUACAAAACAAAUUCAAAAGGUAGAGCUUAGGCAAGCACUAGGAUUUAUUAUUAUUAUUAAUUAUUAUUAUUAUUAUUAUUAUUAUUAUUAUUAUUAUUAUUAUUAUUAUUUUACAUGUGUAACAUGACAUUGCCAAAUGAGUGCAAUUUGCACAAAGGGUGCUACAAAGGAAAAGUUAAGAGAAGCAGUUUCUAAGGGAACUUGUGUGAGCUGGAAUUUGCUGUCUAGAUGCAGAGAGAAAAUGGUCAGCUCUGGUUUCUGAAAGACAUCACAACUACCUACCAGCGUGAGAGUGAUCUCAAAAUCUCUGGUGCUAUUAUUUAAUUUUCAGUCUUUCCAAAGUUAACCCAAUUUACAGUAGAGCUAUUCCUUUUAUGAGGAGUUAAGUUUGAAUCGUGAAUCAUUUAAUUUAUUUAAAAUAACCUUUUAAUCAUAGCUAACACACAAGGGCAGCUAUGAUUUAUUCUACUCUAAAAACUUGGAAAUUUGAAGAGAAGAAUACAGAAUUUUCCUUUCAUGUCUCUCAAUAGGUAAACUUCAGCAUCAGUUAAUGCAGGCACAUUUCAAUUGGAUAAAUAAACACAGUUACAUCUCAAAAGUCAACUAUUUUAUAGUCUUAUGUCGCACAUCACAUAUCCUUCCAACACAAACCUGUACUUGAGCAAGAGAUUUAUGAAAAUAUUACAAAAUGUAGACUGUUCCACUUGAAUAAAUACAACCAACGGUCAUAUUUUCAAUCUGAACAAAAAGGCCUCUUGUGGCUAAGGGAUAAUUAAAUCCAGAGAAGGUAAAUUCUGGCCUGCAGGAUGAUUGAAAGAGUUGCAUCUAUUUCAUUAUUUAAAUCGCAUCUAUUUAUUAUUUAACCAUUUCUAUUUGUUCUUAAAAGUCUCAGCAGAAUUAAUAAGCCUUAGUGCAACUGAACAGAAACCUGGUGGGAAAGUCCUAUGUUAAUUUUUAAUAUAUAGCAGAAUCUAAAAUAAAAUAGAGAGUUGUAUUAAAAUCACCAAUAAGAUAAAAGUUAACCUAUGAUUUUUGGAGAUCUUAUAUGUUGUGGUUAGUCUGUGAAUUUUAUAAGAAGAAUUGGUAGAGUAGUCUUCACUGAUAAAUAAAAAUGUAUCAUUUGUAUGGAUUAAUUUUCUACUGGCAUAUGUUUUUAGUGACUCAACUUGAAUAAGUGUCUUUAAAUAUGAGUAAAACUUAUGCUCACAUUUAAAAAUGUUUUAGUAAUUGCUAAUUAUUCUCUGCUGUGGCUGUUAGUAGCCAUUCAGCAAUUAUGACAUAAUUUUUACAUACAUGUUUUAGUUUGAUACAAAGCAUUAAAACUUGAACUGUUCUAAAUGAUACCUAUAUGUUUAUUUCAUUGUACUUGGAGGUUUAAAAUUUUACUAAUAAAAUAUAUGUUGU